UGUUUUUAAUGUCUUAGGGAAUACGCCAGAGUUUCACCAUGGGAGCAGUAGUAGCUGAUGAUGGUCCAACUGGUGUUAAAGCCCCUGAUGGAGGCUGGGGCUGGGCUGUCCUUUUUGGCUGUUUUAUCAUCACAGGAUUCUCCUAUGCCUUUCCUAAGGCAGUUAGUGUCUUCUUCAAAGAACUUAUCAGAGAAUUUGGCGUUGGAUAUAGUGACACUGCAUGGAUUUCCUCCAUCCUGCUGGCCAUGCUUUACGGCACCGGUCCACUCUGCAGUGUGUGUGUCAAUCGCUUUGGCUGUCGCCCUGUCAUGUUGGUGGGUGGCCUUUUUGCCUCCAUGGGGAUGGUCAUAGCCUCGUUCUGCACAAGCAUUGUUCAGAUCUAUCUAACUGCAGGUGUGAUUACCGGUUUGGGUCUGGCACUCAAUUUUCAGCCUUCGCUCAUCAUGUUAAAUCGUUACUUUGACAAACGCCGUCCUUUAGCCAAUGGGCUAUCUGCUGCUGGGAGCCCAGUGUUUCUUUGUGCCCUCUCACCACUGGGGCAGAUCCUACAGCAUGAAUAUGGUUGGAGAGGAGGAUUCCUUAUACUGGGUGGGAUGCUGCUCAACUGCUGUGUAUGUGGAGCACUAAUGAGACCUUUGGAACCACCCAAAAAGUCUGAAGCUACCAAAGAAGUUGAAGAGAAGAAAGUGAAGAAAAAGCUUCUGGAUUUCAGUGUGUUUAAGGAUGGUGGUUUUGUAAUCUACACGCUAGCAGCCUCUAUCAUGGUGCUUGGACUCUUUGUGCCACCAGUUUUUGUUGUGAGCUAUGCCAAGGAUUUAGGGUAUCCAGACACAAAAGCAGCUUUUCUUCUGACUAUUCUGGGAUUCAUUGAUAUCUUUGCUCGGCCUAUUUGUGGAAUGGUAGCAGGUCUCAAGUGGGUUAGACCACGCUGUGUCUACCUCUUCAGUUUUGCUAUGAUUUUUAAUGGCUUUACAGAUCUUAUGGGUUCCAUGUCUGUUGACUACGGCGGCCUGGUGGUCUUUUGCAUUUUUUUUGGCAUUUCUUACGGAAUGGUAGGUGCUCUUCAGUUUGAAGUUCUCAUGGCUAUUGUUGGUACUCAGAAGUUUUCCAGUGCUAUCGGUUUAGUUCUCCUGGCGGAAGCUAUGGCUGUCCUAAUUGGUCCACCAUCAGCAGGAAAACUCUUGGAUGCAACGCAUAAGUACAUGUUUGUUUUUAUUAUUGCUGGAAUCGAAGUUACCACCUCAGCACUUGUACUGGCUCUAGGAAAUUUCUUCUGCAUUAAGAAAAAAAUGGAAGAACCACAUACAAAAGAAGAAGCAGCAGAAAGAGAGGAAUUAAACAAAUCUGAAGACAAAAUUCCUGAAGAUGCCAAGGUGGACUCCAUUGAAGUAGAACAGUUUCUGAAAGAUGAGCCCGAAAAAAAUGGGGAAGUUGUAACUAAUCCAGAAACAUGUGUGUGAGCAUGACAAGGAACUGACAGAGCAUUUAGAAAAAAAAAAAAGUCCAAGAUCUUCAACACUAUUUAUUUUAGAAAUAGAACUAGUUUAGGUUUGGGCCAUCUGCUUCAUUAACUGGAGGCCAGACAGCUUAUCAGGAUUCUCUGGAAGCUGUUCUGUUAGACAACCUUUUACCAGAAAGCUAGCUUUAUCAGUAAAAGGUGAAGCAUUGUGGUUAUACUUUUAACAUUAACUAUACAGAUUUUGUAAACACAAGUAGAGUCCUGCUAUGCAUCACCA